CUUUCUGCGGGGACUCGGGCGGCAUGAUGUGGGCUCGGUUGAUGGUCGGGGUCGGGGGCUCGGGGCUCGGGCUGCGGGCUUCCAGGGACGGCUUGCUGCGGGUCGCUGCGGCUGGAUGUGCGGGGCAGCAGCAGCAGCAGCAGAGGCAGGCUUCAAGUGCGGAGGCUGCCAUGAAGAAGACCCAGCUGUUUGACUUCCACAGGGAGCAGGGGGGAAAGAUGGUGGAGUUCGCAGGCUGGAGUAUGCCCGUCCAGUACAAAGACAGCCACAUCGCCUCGCACAUGCACACCAGACAGCACUGCUCCAUCUUCGACGUCAGCCACAUGUUGCAGACCAAAGUCUAUGGCAAAGACAGGGUGAAGUUCAUGGAGUCUCUCGUGGUUGCAGAUAUUGCAGAACUCAAAGACAACCAGGGCACGCUGACCCUCUUCACCAAUGAGAAGGGAGGAAUAAUCGAUGACCUCAUCGUGACAAGGACGGACCAGAGCUACCUCUACGUCGUCUCCAACGCCGGCUGCGCCGACAAAGACUCGGCUCGCAUGAAGGCCAGACUGGCAGAGUUCAAAGCUGCAGGAUUUGAUGUGGAUCUGGAGUUCCUCGAUGAAGCGCUGAUUGCUCUGCAAGGUCCGUCCAUGUCUCAGGUGCUCCAGCAGGGGCUGAAGGAGGACCUCAGUAAGCUGACCUUCAUGACCUCCACCUUGGCCACCGUGUUCGGCAUUCCUGGCUGCAGGGUCACCCGCUGUGGCUACACAGGAGAGGACGGGGUGGAGAUCUCCGUCCCUCAGUCCAGAGUAGUGGAGCUGACGGAGAAGCUGCUGGCUAACAGCGAGGUGAAGAUGGCCGGUCUGGGCGCCAGGGACAGUCUGCGGCUGGAGGCGGGGCUUUGUCUCUAUGGCAACGAUAUAGAUGAGACCACCACGCCUGUGGAGGCCACCCUGGUCUGGACCAUAGGAAAGCGCCGGCGUAAGGACAAGGAUUUCCCCGGCGCUGACAUCAUCGUACCUCAGAUCAAAGCCAAGACGGCCAGGAAGAGGGUCGGUCUGGUGUCCACCGGCCCCCCCGUCAGACAACACACACCCAUACUCAGCCCUGAUGGGAAGGUCAUAGGCGAGGUGACCAGCGGAUGCCCCUCCCCCUGCCUGAAGAAGAACGUCGCCAUGGGUUACGUGGACGCUGCGUUCGCUAAGAACGGUACAGCCAUCCAGGUGGAGGUCCGGAAGAAAGCGGUGCCCGCCACCGUCAGCAAGAUGCCCUUCGUCCCCACCAACUACUACACUGGAUAGACACACAGACGCAUAAACACACAAUACACACUGAAUACCAUCACUGGAACGUUCCUCCACUCUGUCCCAUGUUCACCAAUGCUGCCCCCUUCUGUUUACCUCCAGCAAUGCAACACCAACGUAAGACUGGACGUCUUCAUGGUAGAGUACUCUGAAAGAAAGUAAUACAAAAUGCUAAACUGUUAUACAAUACAGUGUGUGUGCUGGUUUGAUGUGUUCUGUCACUUUAUUGUGAAGCACAUUAAAUGCACAAUGAUUCGUAUUUGAGACACUAAAGCAGAAACACAACAGUAUAAACUGACAAACAUUAUACAAAGACUAAGAGCACGACACUUUAAACAGACAAACAGUGUGCUACCUGUGUGUGUCAAGCAAUGCAACACCUGACAACAUGGUUCCCCCGUGGAUGGGUGUGCAUGAUAUAAAUUACAAGCAGUGUUGUGGAGUCUGAGAAUGUAUUAGCCUACGUUCCCUGUUAACACGGUUUAUAGACCAAGUUGUCAGUGGAAUGCAGGUUGAACCGAUUCAACUUGCUGCAUUUUCAGUAAGAAUAGAGACAGUGAAGCCCUGUGGAUCCAUAACACCGCAGUAUUUGAUGAACUUUUUUGUCGUAGGACAUAGGUUUUGCUAAUGAAAUGUGACAGCAUUUACUUUUGUCACCGCUGGACCAAAACAAAGAGAUUCCAAAUGCUUCUUUUUAUAUGAAUUCACUACAUGUUGGCAGCGUUUUUAAGCUCUUUCAAAUACCACAGAGCCAAAUUUCCAUGUGCAUAAUUGUUAUUAUCAGUCGUAAAACAGCUUAAUCAUGGGGGGUCAAGCUCAGAAUCCCUCCGACACAAAGCCCCUUCCAGAAAUAAGCCAGUUAACACAAACUUGCCAGCUCAGUUUGUGGAAUUUGCAUUUUUGUGUUAAUUAUCAGAUUUUCUCAUCAAGUUCUUGUGUGGAGGGAUUUUAAGGGAGUUCGGGUUUACUCUGUUGAUAUUGUCAAUAACCUGAUGUCAUCAGACUGUUGGAGGAGUUUACGCUACAUGAGGUAGGAUGAUAACCUAACUUGAAAAGAUGUUAAUUAUCAUGUGUUCUGUCUAGAAACUAAUGAAAUGUAAUUUCUGUAUUAAACUAGGACACAGUCUUAGGACUUUCUGUGGCACUCUGAAUGUCUUACCUUCUGAAAAUAAUAACAUAGUUAUUAUAGAAAUAAUACUACUGAUUAAUAGGUUCAAAGUUUGUUAACUCUGAGUCACUGUGAAUUUUAAUUCUAAACUGAGUUUCAAUGUAAAAAUCUACAAUAAUAUUGUUUAUUUGAUUAAAGAAAACUUUUCUCUAUUAAAGACAUUUUCACUUU